AUGGCAACGCCAAGACAAAAACUAUUUUUAUGUGUAAAUAUCCUUUCGAUCAUACAAGUAAGUCUUUUAGAGACAGUGCAUUUUACAAACUCACCCAGAAAAAUACUCAAAGCUAAUAAUUAUACGACAUAUAAAGUGGAAGUUCCAAAUGGUGACCCAAUCACAAUAAUUGAAGCUAAUACACCUUUAAUUAAUAAGAAAAUCAAGUUCAAUCAGGUAGAUAAUGCAGCAAAAUACUCAAUACAUCAUGAUAGAAACAAGCAAGUGGUGGAUCUAGAAACUUCGUUAAGCAUGACAGUUACUCCAAAUAAUUAUCACGAUGAGUAUGAAAAUUCAGCUGCGGCGAGCGAAGAAGAAAGUGUUACAAAUGUUUAUAGUAAUCUGUCACCAGAACGUCAUCGUAACAGAAAUACAAUGAAAACAGUCUAUUCGCCUGAACUUUUACAAAAAUUUCUAAAGGAUUAUGCAAACAAAAUUCAUACAUCAUCUUCGUCGUCAUCGUCGAGUAAUGAGGCAGCUAUUCCAAAUUACACAGAUAAUGAUCGAAGGUUUGAGCAACUCGAACAUGCAAGUGGUAGCAUUGAAUUGAAUCCAAAUAGUAAUGAAGGAAGUAAAGGUGACAAAUAUGCUUCGAUUGAGACAGAUGACGACACAGGAACAGCAGAAGAUGGAAAUCGACGAGUAUCAAGUGCAAGUGAAGAUGAUAAAAAUGAUUCAGAAGAUCUUAACGAUAUUCAACAGCGGAAAAAUUAUCGACCAAAUGGAAAUUAUAAUGGUAACCAUCCAUAUAAUCAGAAUAAUGGUUGGGUCACAUUAGAUGCUGUUCCAUGGAGUAAAAGUAAAGUAAGCAAAUGGCAGAGUCAUAACGCAAAUAAGUAUGGAAGUCAGGGCAAUUACAAUUACCCUAAUUAUCAAAAUAGUAAUAAUAAUAAUCAGCAGAGACCUCCAUAUCGUCCCACAAAUGAUUAUGAUUUUGAUUACAAUGGAAAUAAUAAUAAUAAUGAUGAUUACUAUUUGCCACCAAAACCAAGUCGUCCAACUUAUCAUAAUAAUCAGUUUUAUGGUGGAGGACAGCAGAAUCAAAAUCAACCAAGCCAUAGACCACCUCAAGAUAAUUUUUACCAAUCAUCUUCAGGACACCAUCAAACUUCUUCAGUUUAUAAUUUUGAAAGACCAGAAAAUCCUCAGAGACCAUACCAGCCAGAAAUAAUAACAGAUAAUCGUCCAUCAAAUUUCCCACCACAUCACUCACAAGAAGAACCGUAUCCAAAUCAGAAUCAAAAUAGUUACAGCAAUAGACCAUCGUAUAAUCGUCCGCAACAAAACGAUUAUAGUCAUCAUGGAGGAAAUUACUAUGCAUAUAAAGAAAACAAACAUCCACCAACUUAUCCUGUUAAUGGGGAUGGAGAAUGGGUUUUAGUUUCAACAACAAAAGGAUAUCAAUUCCCAAAACGAAAUGGUCAACGUGCUAUGUCUUUCUUAGCAACGAAUGGUGUUAAUAGUGAUUCUAAAUAUACUGAUAAUAAAGGAAUCAUUACAGCUGAAUCUCAAAAAGUUGAAACAUUUAUCAGACCACAUCGUCGAACUGGACCUACAAAAAUGUCACAGCAACAAGUCAAAUUGACAGUACUGCCACUUUAUGUGAAUGAGCCUGGAACAAAUUACCAAAAUAAUGAAAAUGAUGUAAAAAUGGAUGUUUUCAGACCUUCAGCAUAUAAUGGAUUGAUUGAAACUGAUCAAGGUAGUCAAACUGUGGAAGAAAGUGUAGCUAAUGAAUCAAAUGCAAAUGCAGUCUCAGCAAAACCUGUAAAUAAGCCGAAGAAAAAGCGAAAAGUACUGAAAAAUUACCUGAUGCGUAAAAAUGCUGGUAGUUCUGAUAGUAGCGCUGUGAUUGCUGCAGUCGGUGCAUCAUUAUUACCUGCGUCGCUCGGAUUAAUAGCGCCCAUGGUUCUAGGCAAAUAGUAAAUUAAGUUGUUAUGUGAAAG